CCAGAAUGAACACCUUGAGCAAUGCACGGUCAUUGGCGAUAUGUACAGGUCCCAUUCGAUCGAUGAGAUCUGUCUCCGCUGUGGCACAAAGUCAGGUGAAUGCCAAUACAGCUGAGGAUUUGAAGUCGUUUGAUGACAUUCCACGCCCCAAGAAAUUCAAAUUCAUGAGGGCUUUCAUGCCGGGAGGAGAGUUUUACAAUGCAUCCAUAGUGGAUUAUACAACGGCGUUGCGAAAGCGCUACGGUGACAUAUUCAUAUUGCCCGGAAUGUUUGGACGCCCGGAUUGGGUUACUACUUUCAGCACGAAAGAUAUUGAAACGGUUUUUCGAAAUGAGGGAAUUUGGCCUGUUCGCGAUACUUUUGAGUCGCUUGUAUACUUCCGGAAACACGUUAGACCAGAUGUUUAUGGCGAGGUCCAAGGAUUGACUUCCUCGCAAAAUGAGGAGUGGGGCAAACUGCUGGAUUUUCAGCCCUCGAUGUGGAAGGUUGUGUCGACGCCCACCUACAGAAAAAUGAUGAAAGCACUCAACGGCAGUUUGGAUGUUGCCCUUAAGUUGUUGAAGGAAAGCCAGGAUGACCUGGAAAAACGACGCCAGGCGGGGGAGAAAAUAAACAGCAACAGUAUGAUGGAGCGGCUGAUGGAGAUCGAUCCAAAAGUUGCGGUGGUCAUGGGUUUGGACACCCUCUUCGCCGGCGUGGAUGCCACUUCUACCCUUCUCUCGGCAGUUCUGCUUUGUCUAUCGAAACAUCCAGAAAAACAGACCAAGCUACGUGAAGAACUCCUGAAGAUUAUGCCUACCAAGGACACUCUUCUCAACGAGGAGACCAUGAAGGAUAUGCCAUAUUUAAGGGCGGUAAUCAAAGAGGCCAUCAGAUAUUAUCCCAAUAGCUUGGGAACCAUGAGAUCCUGCCAAAAUGAUGUGGUUCUUUCGGGUUACAAUGUUCCCAAGGGAACCACUGUUCUUUUGGGCUCCAAUGUGCUCAUGAAGGACAGCACUUUCUAUUCCCGACCAGAGGAAUUUCUUCCCGAGCGUUGGCUCAGAGAUCCCGAAACGGGAAAGAAGUCCCAGGUGAGUCCUUUCACCUUCCUGCCCUUCGGAUUUGGUCCUCGCAUGUGCAUCGGCAAGAGAAUUGUGGAUCUGGAAAUCGAGACGAGUGUGGCCAAGUUGAUCCGCAACUUCCAGGUGGAGUUCAAUCGGGAUGCCAGCAAACCCUACAAAACCAUGUUCAUCAUGGAACCGGCCAUUCCAUUCCCCUUCAAGUUCACCGAUAUCGACAAUUAAAUAUUAGUAUAUAAUAUUGGUGAAAGAGUGCAAUUCGUUCCUUAUGUAUUUUGUUUAUAAUAAAUGUACUGAUUACUUACUGCUGCAUGUAA